GUCGACACGCGCACAGACACGGUACACCUCCGAGCCCUUGAACAUGCAACACCACAUCUUCCCGCCAUAGCGGCUUAGGCCUUCCCAGACCUGUGUCACAAUGUCCGGUCCCUGCUCCGUGGAUGACGACCUCCUUGCUCGCCUGAAUGCGCUCAAGAAGUCUAGCGUCAGCCUCGAUCCUACAUAUAGCUCUUCCAUAGCUUCCACACGGUCCCCGAAGCCUACAGAUGACCUCGCCUCCCGGUUUGCACGCCUAGGCUCCGCAUCACCUUCCAGCUCACCGCAGCCCUCACGAACAACAUCCACAAACAAUGUCAUAGCUCCUGGAGCGCCGAGCUACCUGGAAGGUGUGGCACAGGGCGUGGGAGGUGGGACGGUCGAGUUCAAUGAGGAGGACGAAAAGAGUCUGGAAGAACUGCUCGGGGAGCUGAAUGGAGCUGUGGAGGACAGGAAAGAGUGGGACAUGAGUCGAAAAGAGAAGGGUGAUGUUGGGAAGCUGCUCAAGGACAUGAGGACGAUACUACCGGAAUUGCAGAACGAUCGGGCUCAUGAUGUUAGGCAGCAGAAGCAAGCCGGCCGCGAAGGCAAGGGUGAAGCGCUCACAGACUGGGAGAACGUCGAGUUUGAUGUCGGCAGUGGCUCGGUGGGACCAAAGCGUGACGAAGAAGACGGUGAUAGCGACGAGGACGGAGACGGCGGAAACAAAAAACAGACAGAGGAAGAGGAAGCAGACGACGUAAUAGCACGCAUCAUGGCCGAACUCGAGAUCAGCAAGAAAUACGACCCUCCAUCUCCACAUCCACUGUACUCCGAUCAUGACGCAGAGCAAUCGAACAUGAAUAAGUCAACCGAAGACAACGCAGACGACACCUCCCUAUCCCUCCCUUCCGCACCGACCACCCUCAAAGAACCCACAGACUCCUUCCAUGCAACCCAAGCUCUCGAAGAUGCCUUCACCGCCCGUCUCGCCGCCCUGGCAGGCCCCAAAACAGACUCUCUCGGCCUUCCUUCUGCGCCCUCGUUCGCGCCCUCCGCAAAACCACCCAAAGUGCAGUCCAGCUUGCAGGAGAAACUUGACGAGGAAAUCGAUACCUGGUGCAUCAUCUGCCAGGACGAUGCAACGCUGAAGUGUCUUAGCUGUGACGGCGACUUGUAUUGUAGGAAUUGCUGGAUGGAGGGCCAUAGAGGGGAGAGUGCGGGGCUCGAGGAGAGAAGGCACAGAGCGGUUGAGUUUGUCAAGGGUGGGGAUAAGAAGAAGAAUUUGGCUGCUGCGGGAUGAAGAUGGAUACGGGGGAACACCAACAAUGAAGCUCAGCGGGGAUGCUUAGACAGACUCUCACCGUUGAGAUUGCUUCUUCCCCCGAGCAUGCACGACGCCGGCGUG